AUGGAAGACGCGCAUGCCGCUAUACUCGAUCUUCAAGCCGAAGGAAGUGGAAAACCACCCAAGGCUGCCAACCCUGACAAACGUUUAGCCUAUUUUGGCGUCUACGACGGGCACGGGGGAGAAAAAGUAGCACAGUUUGCCGGGGAGAACGUGCACAGGAUUGUUGCAAAACAAGAUGCAUUUUCCAAAGGAGAUAUCGAACAGGCUCUAAAAGACGGUUUUCUGGCCACAGACCGUGCCAUUCUGAAUGUUGCAGAUGCGCGUUACGAGGACGAGGUAUCCGGAUGUACCGCGUCUGUUGGUAUCAUAUCAAAGGAUAAGAUCUGGGUCGCCAAUGCUGGAGACUCCCGUACCGUACUUGGUGUGAAAGGACGAGCAAAACCUCUCUCAUUUGACCACAAACCGCAGAAUGAAGGUGAAAAGGCUCGAAUAAGUGCUGCUGGUGGUUUUGUCGACUUUGGUCGAGUGAACGGCAACCUAGCCCUGUCACGUGCCAUUGGUGAUUUCGAAUUCAAGAAGAGCGCCGAUCUGUCCCCCGAGCAGCAGAUUGUCACAGCGUUUCCAGACGUGAUCACACAUGAGAUCUCUGAAGACGACGAAUUCCUGGUUAUAGCCUGCGACGGCAUUUGGGACUGUCAAUCCUCCCAGGCCGUGGUCGAAUUCGUCCGAAGAGGGAUUGCUGCGAAGCAAGAACUACACCUCAUCUGUGAGAAUAUGAUGGACAACUGUCUUGCAUCCAACAGCGAAACUGGAGGCGUCGGCUGUGACAACAUGACUAUGAUUGUUAUCGGCCUGCUCAACGGCAAGACGAAGGAAGAAUGGUACGAGCUGGUCGGUAAGCGUGUGGCAGAGGGCGACGGCCCAUGUGCACCACCAGAGUACGGCAAGUCCAACCUCAAUCCGCAAGGCCAAUUCCGUGGACCCGGGGUUCGACAUCAGUUUGAUCAUGAUAGUCCCGACGAGUAUGAACUUGAUCUAGAUCAUCGAUCGAGAGGUUUCGGUGGGCGGGGCGGCCGUAUCAUUCUACUUGGGGAUGGUACUGAAGUUUUGACAGACUCGGACGACGCGGAAAUGUUCGACCAAAGUGAAGAAGACAAAGACACGGCAAACCAAAUCAAGAAGAGCCCGUCGGACACCUCGGAUGUCGACCCGGCUCGUAGCGAGCGAGAAGGCACCCCUGCUCCACAAUCCGCCAGCGAGGAGUCGAAGGGACGCAGCCAAUCUGACACUUCGCACGGAUCGGAUUCAGCGAUCGCAGACGACACCCGGGAGAAGAAUGCUGUCUAG